AUGUCUAAAUCAGAUUUCUUCCUGUUUGCUGCAAUCUUUGUAGUGAUUUCUGGCAUUGCCCAAGCUAAAUACCUUCAAAUCUACCAUUACAAUUCUCGUAACUGUUUAGAAUCCAACUAUGUAAAGGUUGAUAUCUUUAGAGAGGGUUGUUUUUCCUUUGAAAAUUAUGUUGAAAGUCAAUACGCUACUUGCAAUGGUUCUUAUGGUUAUCUUGAAAUCAUGAAGAAUCAUAUUGAAUGUGGAAAGGACCCUAUCGUAUUCAAAUUGGGAGUUUGUGUCAAUAUUGAAGAUGAUAUAGUUCGUUCCUAUAGAGUUACUUGUGGUGAUUUCGUCUCCAAAGAGAAAAUGUUCUGGGAAAUGGCCUACAAUGAUAGAAGAUGUGAAAAGUUUGUGAGAUCAGCAACUGGUCACGUUAUUGGAAAAUGUGAUGCCACUGCUGAUUUUGGAGUUGGAGCAAAGGUUUACACAUGCGAAAGAGAUGAUACCAGAGUUCAGGUACUUACAUAUAAAUCCAGCACGCAAUGUAUUGGAGGAAUUAGAACUAAUCAAACAUGGACUACUGAAUGUGAUAACAGAUUCCAAAAUGUUUGUGGACUUGUUUAG